AUGGCUCCUAGUAUGCCCACCGAGGCUCCGUGGCAUGCCGCAUUUCCAACUCCUCGCAACGCCCAACCCGGGUGCAUAACGCGCGAGACUCUGCUCGGCAAGCUGAAGCAUGACGCUGGCGAUGGGGUGGCCAAGCGCUUCCUUCUUGUUGAUCUCCGCCGUACAGAUUACGAGGGCGGCACAAUACGCGGAUCCAUCAACUUGCCUGCGCAGAGCCUUUAUCCAACCAUACCAACGCUGCACAGCCUGUUCAAGGCGGCUGGUCUAACUACCAUCAUAUGGUACUGCGGAUCCUCGCGCGGCCGAGGUACGCGAGCUGCUUGCUGGUUCCAGGAUCAUCUUGACGACUGCGGUGACAAGGAAAUGCAGAGUUUAAUUCUGACAGAGGGAGUGAAGGGAUGGGCAACUGCUGGUGCUGAGUAUGCCGACCAGAUGAGUGGCUAUAAUGCGCAAUACUGGGAGAGCCACUGA